AUGGCCACCUACCUAAUCACCCAGGCUACUGGCCAGCAAAGCCGCUGGGUCGUCACGCACCUACUCGCCGCCGGCGCCAAAAUCCACGCCGUGGUACGCGACCUCCAAAAGGUCCCCCCAGUCCUGCAGGACCCGAACGUCACCCUCUUCCAAGGCGAGAGCAAGAACUUCGACGACGUCCUCCAAGCGGCGCGCGGCUGCAAGGGCGUCUUCCUCAACACCGUCCCAUUCCCUGGCUUGGAAGUCCUGCAGGCCAAGACCGUCGUCGAGGCGUGCCGGGAGGCCGGCGUCGAGGGCAUCGUUGCGGCCACGGCCAACGGUACGGCCAACAAGGCCAUGUGGGACGACGACGUGACCAGGGAGAUGCAGCUGCACGGCUACUUCUCCUCCAAGGAGGCGGUAGAAGACAUCGUCAGAGCCGGGGGGUUCCGGGCGUACACCAUCCUCCGUCCGGCCGUCCUCCAUCACGACUUCUUCCUGCCGGGCGCCCUCAUGAACUUCCCCCGCCUCUCCACUCACGAGGACCUGGACCACCUCCUCGAAGACGGCGCCCGCGUGCCGUACACGGACACGAGCGACGUUGGAAAGUACGCGGCGACAGCUCUGCAGGACCCGGAGACCUUCGGCGGUCAGGAGAUCGAUCUCGGAAACGAGCUGCUCACCAUCGAGGAGGUUCGCGACAUCCUCGUCAGGGUCAGCGGCAGGGAGGUCGGAGUGGUGAAGCGGACCGAACAAGAGGUGGAAGAGCUGGGCAUCAGCGUCUUCGGCCAGAAGUUCCAUCUCAUUUCGAACGUCAAGGAUCUCAGCUGGACCACGACCGUCGCCAAGGUCGCCCAGGAGAAGUUUGGAAUACCCUUCACCUCGCUGGAGGCGGCGUUGAAGAGGGACAGCGCGCUGCUCUUGGAGUGUCUGCCAGCCAACUAG